AUGCUUGAAAAUCUUACUGAUGAUGUUGAGUCUCGUUUAAACGAGCUCGAACGUUUAUUAUUUAAUUCAUCAAUAAAAGAUCAAACUGUAUUAGGUGUUGAAGCAUUACUUGAUGCGUUUAUUGUACUUUAUGAUGAAUGUUGUAGUUCAACAUUACGAAGAGAAAAAACAAUUGCUGAAUUUAUCGAACAUGCUAAAUCAUUUGUUACACGUGUAAAACGAUGUCGAUUAAGUCGAAACGAUUUCGAAACAAUUAAAAUUAUUGGUCGUGGAGCUUUUGGCGAAGUUGCCGUUGUCAAGCUAAAAAAUUCCGAUCGAGUAUUUGCUAUGAAAACAUUGAACAAAUGGGAAAUGUUAAAACGAGCUGAUACAGCUUGUUUCCGUGAAGAACGUGAUGUACUUGUCUUUGGUGAUCCACAUUGGUUAACAAAAUUGCAUUAUGCAUUUCAAGAUGGAGAAAAUUUAUAUUUUAUUAUGGAUUAUUAUUUUGGUGGUGAUCUUCUUACAUUAUUAUCCAAAUUUAAUGAUCAUUUUUCGGAAGAAAUGACAAGAUUUUAUGUUGCAGAAAUGGUCUUAGCAAUUGAUUCACUUCAUAAACUUGGUUAUGUUCAUCGAGAUAUCAAACCCGAUAAUGUAUUACUUGAUGGAGAAGGACAUAUUCGUUUAGCUGAUUUUGGUUCCUGUUUACGAAUGCGAGCUGAUGGUACAGUACAAAGCAAUGUUGCUGUUGGUACUCCAGAUUAUAUUUCACCCGAAAUUUUACGUGCGAUGGAAGCAGGCCAAGGUCGUUAUGGUCCAGAAUGUGACUGGUGGAGUUUAGGAUGUGCUAUGUGGGAAAUGUUAUUUGGUUUACCACCAUUUUAUGCUGAAAGUCUACUUGAAACAUAUGGAAAAAUAAUGAUGCAUGUGCAAAAAGAACUUCCACUGCCAUUUCCAAGUGAUAAUGAAGUAUCGGAUAGUGCGAAAGAUUUAUUACAACAUCUUCUUUGUUCAAUUGAUAAUCGUCUAGGAAAAAAUGGUUUAGAUGAUUUUAUAAAUCAUCCAUUUUUUAUCUCAAUUGAUUGGGAAAAUCUUCGAUUAGCUACAGCUCCAUAUAUUCCUGUUGUUAAUAGUCCGAGUGAUACAUCAAAUUUUGAUGUUGAUGAUCUUGAACCAUCGAAUAAAGAUGUCGUUCCUCCUGUUUCUCAAGCAGCAUUCACUGGACAUCAUUUACCUUUUAUUGGUUUUACUCAUUCGGCGAAUACUCGCUAUUCUGAUGGUGCUAAAACAUUACUCAUACCUGCCAAUACAACAGUAAUUGUACCUAACCCUCCAUCGCAUUCGCCUGAUGUUUGUGAUUCUCAAACAAAUCAUAAUCAAAAUUCAGAAUAUGAAGAAUUAAUAAAUUCCAUGAAACUUCAACAUACAUCAUUACUUGAUGAAUUAAAACGUUUACGUGAAGUCUAUGAACAAACAAAAUCGGAUUCUGUUGAACAAACUCGUCAAAUAAAAUCACUUGAAGAUUCAAAUAAAAAUCAAUAUGAAUUGUUAACUAGUGAACAAAUUGAAUAUUUAAUAAAAAUUUUCAAUUUAUUUCAAAAUCUUCGUGGUUCAAAUGAAAAUAUUCUAAGUGAACAACAAAAUUCAUUUUCAUUAGAUGAAAUUAAAAAUCAAAUCAAUCAACAAUUAAAUUAUUUUUCUACAAUUGAAAAAAAUCUUUUAUUAAAUCAUAAUCAUCAAAAUGAUGAUAAACAAAUUAUAUCGAAAUCUCAAUCACAAAAUCUUUCAAUGUUUUUAACAAAAUUUGAACAAAAAUUUACAUUUUUAUUAAAUAAUAAUUCAUUAAAUGAAUUAGAUGAAACAAUUGAAAAUGAUAAUGAUGAUGAAUUAGAUUUAAUAACAACCGAAGAUAUAUUAUUAAAAAAAUUUUCAUCAUUUUUAAAUGAUAUUUAUGAAAAAUUUAAAAUUAUUUUAAGAGAAAAAAAUGAACUUGAUGAAAAAUUUCUUUUCUUAGAAGAAAAACGUUUAACUUAUUCAAGAUGGGAAACACAAAUGUAUGAUAUACUUAAAUGGAUAAAUGAAGAGAAAAGUGCAAGAUCACAUUUAAAAGGUUUAGCUAAUAAAAUGGCUGAAGAACUUGAUCAGAUACGUGAAACAACAAGUCCUUUAUUAAAUAUGGGAAGCACUUCAUCAUCAAUGAAUACAACUGGAACAAGUCUUGGACAUAAUACGGCUUGGAAACAUGGCCGAUCAGUUAAAUUAAAACAUAUGGAAAUUCAACAAUUACAAACAUCAUUACAAAAAGAAAUUGAUGCUAAACAACGAAUACAUGAAGAACUUAAAGAAUCUCAAGCUGAGAAUAUUCUUAAAGCUGAAGAAAAUCUUCGUUUAAAAGAAGAAAUUGAAAAACUUCAAAAGCAAGUAACUUAUGAACAAUCAAAACAAACAGUUAAAUCACCUGUUGUUCAUAGUGUUUCCGAUGAAUUAUCAACAUUGAAUAAUAAUAAUUCGAUUGAUCGAUUUCUACGAAAUGUUACUGCUGGAUUAUCAGAUCCACCGGCAUUAAUAAAUGAUACAAGUACUGAUUUAUCUGGUACAUUCGAUGAUGGAAGUAGUGGUGGUGAUGAUUCAUCACGUACAAUGUCUGGAUCAAAUAUUAAAUCUCAAACAAUACGUCCAUUAAUUCCACUUCGAAAUGAUUUACACGAUUUUAUGAUUGCAAAUUUUCAUGUAACAGCUAUGUGUGAUGAUUGUCAAAAUGCAUUAAUUGGAAUUGUUCGGCAAGGUUUUGUUUGUCAACGUUGUAAAUUAAUCUGUCAUCCAGAUUGUAUGGAAAAAAUAUCUGCACCAUGUCGACCAUCGAUCAAAGAUCGAAGUCGAACUAUUCUACUUGAUCAACAUAUUGUUCGAAUUCCAAAAGCAGGAGGAAUAAAAAAAGGUUGGAGUAAAUAUCAAUUAUUAAAUUUACAAACAAAAUUAUUAUUCUACGAAUUAUCAUCUGAUAAAGAUCAAAAAAUAACUUGGCCACAGCCAGCGUUUAUACUUGAUCUUACAGAUGAUGAAUUUCUUGUUUCUUCUGUAACAUCAUCUGAUGCAUAUCAUGCAAAUAAAAAAGAUGUUUCAAGCAUUUUUAAAAUCAGUAUAUUAAAAUUAUCAUCACCAAAACAAUUUCAGCAUACAUUACUAUUAACAAAUAAUGAAUCAGAAAAAGUUCAAUAUGUUAAUAUGUUAACAGAUCUAUCAGCUAAAGUUAAAAUUCUUAAACAAAAUGGAACUACUCGUGGUGCUAAUUUUAUUGCCAAAGAACUAUUUGAUGCAUCGAAAUGUUCAAGUUUAAAAGAAGCAAUAGCUGCUGUUAUUCUUGAUCAAGAUCGUGUAAUGAUUUGUGGUGAAGAUGGUCUUUAUUUACUUGAUAUUUCAAAAGAUACAUCAACAAAAUUAAGUGAUAAAAAAGUUCAUCAAUUAUCAUUAAUAUCUAAUGGUGAUUUAUUAGUAACAUUAGCUGGCAAACAACGUACAAUACGUCUUCAAUCACUUAAAACAUUACUUGAACAUCCAUUAUCAUCAUUAGAUAGUAAAAUGAUUGAAACAAAAAAUGCUACAACAUUUACAGUACAUUCAACAUCAUUAAUAUUAUGUGUUGCUAUUAAAAAUCGUAUUCUUAUUUAUCAAUUAUUUUCUACACCAAAACCAUAUCAUUAUUCAUAUAUGCGAGAAUUAAAUAUUAUACAAAAUGUAACAUAUUUAGAAAUUUUAACUAUUAAUAUAAAUCAAUGUGAACAACAAAUUCUAUGGUAUGGAUAUCCAUCAACAUUUAUUGCACAAAGAUUAGAUCAACAAUCAUCAAGUGUAUCAUUAUUAAGAGAUGAAGAUCCAACAUUACAAUUCUUUCGUGAUAGACCAAUUGAAGCAUUACGUGUUGUACCUGUCACAAAUUCUUCAUCAAUCAAUGAACUUCUACUCGUAUUUCGUGAAUUAGGAAUUUAUGUAAGUUCUAGUACAGGAAUGCGAACACGUCAUAGAGAAUUAAUGUGGACUGCAUUACCAAUAUCAACUGCUUUUUCUGAUCCAUAUUUACUUAUUUACACUGAAAAAUCUGUUGAUAUCUAUGAUGUACCAUCAGCAAUGUGGUUACAAUCAUUACCAUUAUCACGUACACGUUCUUUAAUAUCCGAUGGUUCGAUUUGUUUAUCCAAUGAUCCUGAACUUCUUAAUCAUCAUCCAAAAUUGCUUUAUUUAAAUCAAAAAACGAACUUAAAUCCGUCACUUAAUGUUCCUGAACGAGCAUCAUCAAAAAGUUUAGCUGCACGCGGUGGAAGAUUUCGUGUUGGUGGUGGUGGUGUUAGUAGUACAAUCAAAUCUACAACAGCAGCGUCUAUUGCACCCAUAUCAGGACCAAAAGAUUUUACACAUAUAUCACAUUUAGGUAAAGGUGAAGGUUUACAAAUUAUAUCAGGUUUAAAACAAGUUAGUCCAACAAAUACUCUUGCAUCAAUCAAUCAUGGAACUAGUGGAACUAUUCUAAAUAAUAAUACUAAUAAUAAUAAUAAUCGUCGAUCACUUAUAUCAGGUCCUCAAAAUUUUGUUCAUUUAACACAUAUUGGUCCAUCAGAUAUUUCAACAUUUGCAUCCGAUUUAUCAACAACAAAUACAACAACAAAUAAAGCUGUUAUAUCAGCACCAAUGAACUUUCGUCAUCAAGUACAUAUUGGACAUAAUGAUGAAAUAGAUCAAAUCAAUAAAAAAUCAGGUACACAUGAACAACAGACGAACAGUGUUAAACAACAACAAGUGACUAGUAGUGGAAAUUCAACAUUAUCAUCACAAUCCCUAUCAUUUAAAGAUGAUGAUGAUGAAGAUGAUAGUGAUCGACCUCUUGAAUGA